CCACUACUUGCCAUCUGCAGCUUUCUAUCAUUCUCUUCAGCUCUCGUCGCCAACAUGAGUUUCCAAGACAUAGAGACCGGACUGGCGCAGCGCCCGCCGUCGCCCGGCGCCGUUCCACAAUCCCCAGAAGAGUCCGCAUUCGUUACCCUUCAGUCCUCGCUAUCGCUCCAGGUCUUCAAGAUCAAUUCAAAUGUUCAGGGUAUCUUGAAGCUCGUCGAUCAGCUUGGCACUGCCAGGGACUCCGCCACCCUGCGUAAAUCGCUGCAUGAUCUCACGGAGUCGACGCGUGCAAUGGCGAAGAGGGGGUCGGAUGACUUGAAGAAGCUCGCGACGAUGCAGGCAACCCUGCCUCGGUACAAGACGUCAUUGCAGAAGACCUCGCAUGAUCUCCAGCUCUCCCUCGUCGCGUUCCAGCGCGCACAGCAAGUCAGUGCGGAACGUCAGCGCACGGUCGUUGAAGGCGUGAAGCAUGCCGUGCAUGAUGAGGCCAACGUAUCGGAGGAGCAGGCUCGUGCUUCAAGUCCGACGCCCUCGCAACGUCAGGCACAGAUCCUUCAGACACAGUUCUCUCCUCAGGAGCUCGCGUUCCAGGAAUCCCUCAUCCAGGAGCGCGAGGAGGAGAUCCGGGAAAUAGAGACGGGCAUCCACGAACUCCACCAGAUCUUCCGUGACCUUGGCACGCUCGUGCAGGAGCAGGGUGGCAUGCUCGACAACAUCGAGUCAAAUAUCUCCUCCAUCGCCGUCGACACCGCCGGUGCUGCGGAAGAGCUGACUACUGCGCACGAGUACCAGCGGCGUGCAGGCCGGCGCGCGCUCUGCCUCAUGCUCGUGCUAGUAGUCGUCGUCGCCGUGGUCCUCCUGGCAAUUUUGUCAUGAUGAUCGACGCCCGCCUAUGACGACAUAGCCCAGACCUCACGCACACGGACUUGCAUUCACGAUUUGGAUGGCUUAUGAUAUAUCUCCCAUUAGUUUCGGGACGGCGAUCGCUCUUAUAUCCUUGUUUAUGCUGCUAAUUAUGGUCGCCGUUGUACAUCUGUAUGCCUACAUCGUACAGUGGGUACAGCGCGGACUCUCUCUGGACUUUAGUGGAGUAGCUGUGGAACGUCAACCUAGUGAACGUGGUAUUCGGAUGCUUUGCGGCGAUUAGAGCUGGAAUAAGGAAACCACUUAUAUC